AUGGCCCACAUUCAUCCCCUGUCGUGUUCCUGCACCAAAUCAGAAUUGGAUCUGUUUGAAGUACCGCCAACUCAGACGACCAUAACGGACGGUAGAUGGGUAGAGUAUCAUCCGGUGGCCAGUCUCGCCGAGUCUUCCCCGAUAGAAUUUGACAUUCCUGGAGCGGGGGAGGAGUUUACGGACCUUUCCCAGACGAAAUUGUACGUGAAAGCCAAGAUCGUUCUCCCUAACGGUAACGACCUGCCGGACAACGCCAAGGUAGGCCCGGUAAACCUGUGGCUUCAAUCGCUCUUCUCGCAAGUCACGGUUACGGUCGCUGGCAAGGACAUAACGGAUUCCACUAAUUGCUAUCCAUAUCGUGCUUACCUGGAGACGCUGCUAAACUUUGGGUCUGAAGCAAAGCAAUCGCAGCUGACAUCCGAACUUUUCUAUCAAGACACGCCGGGACGACUUCACUUGGUCGACCCCUACCCAACAGAUCAGGGCGCAGUGGCAAACGAGGGAUUGGUGAAGCGUGCCAACAUGACCCGCAACAGUCGCGAAGUGGACCUCAUAGGACCCCUACACGUCGAUCUGUUUCAUCAAGAUCGCUUUUUGCUCAGCAAAGUCGACGUUAAAAUCAAGCUGCACCGAUCGAAACAUCAAUUCUGUCUCAUGUCGCCUGGGGAUCAGUUCAAAAUUGUCAUCACGGAGGCCGCCGUCUUUCUGAGAAAGGUCAACCUGUUACCCACCUAUCAGCUGUCCAUCGAAAGUCAACUCAACAAGCAGACGGCCAAGUAUGCCCUUAAAAGAGUUCAGUUAAAACCUUUUACAAUUCCCCGUGGUAACCAUUCAGUGUCGAGCGACAAUCUGUUCCUGGGACAGGUCCCCAAACGCGUGGCGAUCGCUCUGGUGGACAACGCAGCCUUUCAGGGGUCGUUCGGUACCAACCCCUUUAACUUUCAACACUUUAACUUAAACUACAUCAGUCUCUGCGUCAAUGGGCAGGAGGUGCCUCACAAAGCGCUGACACCCAACUUUGCCGAGGGACAAUACAUCAGAUCCUACAUGAACUUGUUUGGAACGACAGGCAAGCAAGGACAAGACAGCGGGAACCUGAUCGCGAGAAGCGAUUACGACAAGGGCUUCACGGUGUGGUGUUACGACCUAAGUCCUGACCUCUGCGGCCUCGGUGGGGACCAUUUUAACAUAAUCAGACAGGGAAACCUUCGCCUGGAGCUGCAUUUUGCACAGGCUUUAGAUCAAACAGUGGUGGCGGUGGUCCUCGCUGAAUUCGACAAUCUCCUGGAGAUUGACAGGCAGAGAACAUCAGCUUUGACUACAGCAACUAGAGAUGGACACGAGACAGAUGUACGCCGUCUUACGGAGCGACAAGAACACGGCACCUCACCUCCGCGGAGUCUUUGCUUCAGAUCGGCUUCCGAGGCAUCAGAGUUUAUAGAGCGGCAUUUUGAUAUAGAUGCUCCCGUGGUCGACAUUGAGCUCGUCAUGCGACAGAUAGCGAGAACCCUUGAAGACUUUGAUCGAGCGUUUAACGACUAA